GUUUCGACUUGCAGACGUACACACGAACCGGCUUUGUCAGUUGCUUUUCCUUUUGCUGCGAGACUUACAUCACCUGCCGCUGCGGGACUGCUCAAUUAAUUUUUCUUGAACUCAAGUGACCCGUACAAUCAACAUUCUGAGCACCACCAUGAAGGUCAAGGACUCCAACAUCCUUCUCUCCAUCCUCAUCAUCUCCCUGGCCAUGACGUCAUCGGCACGCGCACCCAGGCGCAACCGGAACCGCGUGCAGCUGAGGGACUCGCAGGUCGAGGAUGACGUGGAGGGCGACCAGUGCAUGCUGGAGGUCACGUGCCGAGACGGCAAGAGCCAGCCCGUCAGUCUGCCCAUCAGGGGACCCCGGGGCCCCGCUGGAAAACCAGGGACCCCCGGCUUUCCCGGUAAACAAGGACCCCCGGGCCUACCAGGGAAUGCCACCGGCCGUGACGUCGAUGAUGUAGUCAGGGUCGCCUUCUUCGCUGGCCUGAGCAGCAACACGGGUCCCGUGGACAAGAACGUCGACCUGGUGUUCGACAAGGUCGUCACAAACCUGGGCGAGGCCUUCAACAAGGACACGGGAAGAUUUACCGCCCCUUUCAACGGAACCUACGCUUUCUCUGUAACCAUAGCUGCCCAAGGGAGACAACGGGCCGCAGUGGAGCUGCUGAACAACGGUAAGAUGGUGUCCACAAUCUGGGCCGAGAGCUUCCCCGUCUGGGCUUCCGCUUCCAACAGCGCCAUCUUGAACAUGGAGGCCGGCGACCAGGUGUGGCUGGUGCUCCUGAGCCGCGCCUCCUACCUGCACGGCUACAUGUACUCUACCUUCUCGGGUCAUUGCCUCUAUCGGGGUCUUUGACGAAGGCUGGGAUGGCCAGCCUAAGGCGAUGCAACGCCUGAAUCAGUUAGCGGAGAAGG